UUAUAAAAUAACGAUGGAACGAGAGUCUAAAUGUAAACAAUAACAAUAAUGACGAGAAAAUGGCUUCCCAUAUUUUGACAAGAGUUUUGUCAUUAUUCGUAUGUCUGAGCGUUAUUGGAUCAUCACUGAAUCUACAAGUGAAAAUUGAUCCAAGCGCAAACAGACUUCAGAAAUAUGUUGGGGAUAACCUCACCCUCACCUGUGCAGCUAAGCAUCGGCAACAGGAACUUGCCAAACUACAGAUGAGUUGGGUCCUACCAACAAAUGGAGUUUCACGUGUAAUUAUAAACGAAACUGUAGGGAUGGUCAGAGUAACUGUCAAAGACUUGGAAGAAACUGAUGCUGGCAACUACACUUGCGAUGUCAGUGGAGAAGUAGACCAUCCUGUUAAGUCAUCAAUCUAUGUUGAGGUCUUGCCACGGGGCCAAGUAUCCUUAUGCUCAUCAGGUUCUUUCUACUGUAGAACUGGACAUUGCAUUCCCAGUCGAUAUGAGUGUGAUGGUCUUCCAGAUUGUCCUGAUGGCUCAGAUGAAAGUCGAAUGCACUGUGGUAAGUUGCAAAGUGGGCACUGUAUUACAUAG